GCUUAGAAGUUUCCGGACGAGAUAUAUUUGUUUUGUAGUUUGUAUUAACGUAAUUGUAAAGACAUGAAUUUUUGUUAUUGGAAAUUAAAAAAUCAUUAUUCGUUUUUCCGCUUCAUUUUUUGAAAUUAACUGGCAUUAAGCGGUUUUAAAAAAUUAGAUUAUGUUUGCUCCGACACAUGCACUGAAUUUUAUUAGGCGGACUCGUCCUAAAUUUAAGGAAGCAAGCUUAUUAAAUCCUUUAAAUUAUAGAAUGUGCAAGUUACACUCUAGUCGGAUGGAUUUUCCUAGAAUUUCAUCAAAUAAUGCCAGAAGAGAACUCAGGUAUUUUUCAAAGGAAACCACCUUAAAUGUAUUCGAUAGGAAAGCCAAACGGGUGCAUCGUGAAUGGUCUGCCAGUCUGCAGGAUGGAAACAUAUAUAACGUCUUAAAAGAUGAAAUUGGUGAUCGUGUUGCUGAUCGAGUUUAUGACAUCAUUAGGAAAUUUUCUGUUUGUGUAGAGCUGGGAUGUGGAAGAGGUCAUGUUACAAAGCAUCUUAAUAGUGAAAAAGUUGAUGUGAUCUAUCAAUGCGAUAUGUCUCAAGGAAUGGUGGAAAUCAGUGAAGUUUCUGAAGAUAUACCUACUUUUAAAAUGGUUGUAGAUGAAGAGUUUUUACCAUUUUCAAAUAAUAGCAUUGAUCUUUUUUUAAGCAGUUUAAGCUUUCACUGGAUCAAUGAUCUUCCUGGUGUGCUUCAACAAAUACUCAGUUCACUAAAGCCUGAUGGUGCACUCAUUGCAUCUAUGUUUGGUGGUGAGACACUUUUUGAGCUUAGGUCAUGUUUACAAUUAGCUGAAAUAGAAAGAGAAGGGGGUUUCGCACCUCAUAUUUCACCAUUUGCAAGGCUUAAUGAUGUUGGGGAUUUACUUACAAGGGCAGGUUAUUCAGGGCUUACUAUAGAUACUGAUGAGAUAAAAAUAAACUACCCAACAAUGUUUGAAUUAUUAGAUGAUUUAAGAGGAAUGUCUGAAAGUAAUGUGGCUUGGAAUCGGAAACUUCACAUAAAUCGAGAUUCUUUGCUUGCUGCUGCAGCACUUUAUAUGGAGAAUUUUGGAAAUGCAGAUGGAACAGUUCCAGCUACUUUUCAAAUAAUAUACCUUUUGGGAUGGAAGCCAGAUAAAUCGCAACCAAAACCUGCCAAGCGAGGUUCUGGGAAAAUAUCUAUGAAAACUAUCUCAAAUAUAGAUACAAAAGAAAUUUGAAGUAUGAAGUAUUUGUAUAGAUAGUUAUUUUUUUUUAAACUAAUCAUUUAGAAAUAAAAUGUUAAAGAUAUUUCUGCA